AUGUUCUUGCAAUUUUGCACCGCUUACUCCAAACGGACGGUGCGUGGUGUGGAGUGGGAGGCAGUCAGGAUGCAUCGGAUUGUAAAACAGUACUUGAAGACCUGGUUUUUCCUGGACUUCAUCACACUGAUCCCUUUCGACUUGAUGAUGGCCACGGGCGGCGAGGACUCGGUCGUCGCCGAAUUGAAGACGGUGAAGGUGAUUCGCAUCCUGCGACUCUUAAAGUUGAUGCGACUACUGAAAUCCUCCAGGAUUAUCCACAAAUUGGAGAUUCCCAUGGCUAUUCCAUAUCAACAGAUGGCCUUGAUCCGCUUCCUUCUGGUCCUGGGACUUGUGUGUCACUGGCUGGCGUGCCUGUGGGCCCUCACCCUCCAGCUGUCGGACGAUCAGUCCCCCAAGUGGAUCGAUGGUAUCAGAGAUUCGGACCAAGUGAAUCAGAAUCAGUUUUACUUCUGCAGCUACACGAUGACCUCAGUGGGAUAUGGUGAUCUGGGGCCCAAGAACAUGACGGAACGCACGGUGUGCACCAUGAUGAUCUUGACUGCUGGCUUGUGUUGGGCGUACGUUCUCGGUGAGGUCUGUGGCAUUGUCACCGAGAUGAGCAUCGACAGCCAGAGGUUCCGCAAACGCAUGCACCAGCUGAAUGCCAUGAUGGACCACCAAGAUUUGCCAAAGGCUUUACGCUUGAGACUUCGGAGUUUUUUCCUGCAGAACCGCUACCAGGCCUUUUAUUUGACGCAGCAAGAGCUCCUGAAGAACCCCGCCAUCGCACCAUUGUGCCAGGUGUGCACAGCUUUGCACCUGCCUUGGAUCGAAAAGGUGAGCUUUCUGCAGCAGUUCAUGAAGUUGAUACGAUUCCAAGAAGGCAAAGGGGUCCACAUCGGGCCUUACCACGCCUGCAUUGCCGACAUCUCCCGCGAGCUGAAAAGUGUGGCCUAUGCACAGCAAGAAAGCUUCGAAAACGUCCAGGUGCUCUUCAUCCUUUCGAAAGGACGGGUUCCAUGGUGGAAACCACCAGGACUUGUGGCGCUGGACAAUCGCAUCGGCCACGAUGGCACCGUUUGGGGAGAAGAUUUCGUCUUGUCGGACCUGAGCUUGAUUCGACCAGUUGAUGCUUUUGCCUUGACCUAUGUGGAGGUGAUGUGCUUGUCUCGGGAGGGACUUAUGACGGUGGUCGAAAGACGCAAGCGAACCUGCCCAUACUUGGGACGUUUGGUUCGACGCUACUGUGUCCGCAUGGCCGCCAGCCGGGGGCUACUGGCCGAAGCCAAGCGCCGCACGCGUCUCACACGGCUCUCGAAGCUGCGCUCCUCGGCCGCGGCGCCGCGCUCCACGGUGACCUCGGCCACCGUGGCCUCGGCCCUGUCCGAGACCCCGGCGCCACCGACGGAGCCGGUGGUGCGGCUGCUGCCGGAUCCGCCCGAGCGGGCGGAGCGGGCGGAACGGGCGGAGCGGGCGGAACGGGCGGAGCGCCAUGAGGCCCCGGAGGCACCGGAAGCGGAGUCAGAGGCGAGCUGUUCAGUGACAUUGCCGCAAGUGCCCAUGCAGUGUGUAGAUAGAGACAAGAAAGAUCCUCGACAAGCAGCUAAUGCUGAGAAAGUGAAACGAUGGUACCCAGCCCCAGGCGAAACUUCCCGACUUCUACGUCGGGAACAGCAUCGAUUCAAGUUGUGGGAGGAGGCCGUUGAAGCGGCCACCGGUGACCAGGUGGCGCCCAGCUUUCGGCCAGAGAUACGGCGCUGCAACUACAGCAAGGCCGAUGCCCAGGCCGCCAGACUCCUUGCGACGCCGCGGCGCAGCCAAACCCAGCGGGCGCUGAGGGAGGUCAAAGAGGUUCUUGCACGGCAUCAGGUGCCACUGAUCCUCAUUGGCGGCUUGGCCCUAGGCUACUACAACUCCUGCGCUGCCAUGGUUGGCAACGGGGAUCGCGUCGUUGCCACCUUUGGACCUUGGUUGGAGGACUGGGACCCUGCAGGGCUCAGUAGCCUGAGCAGCUCCUUUGAGCAACGCGGACACCGCUUGGACUUGCGACACUGUAAGGCAGGGCCUAUGAAUGCUGGCUGCAAGCUUUCGGUUACUUUGUUUGACCAGAAGAUGGGCAGGGAGGACAACUUGACUCUGGAUAUCCAGGUGCUCUUUUCAGCUCCCCCUGCUGCAGUGGCACGACCACCGGGACACUUCACUGCGUGUCCUGCCAGCUGUGGCGAGCGAUGUGCGCAGUGCGGCUUGGCCUACGCGCAAUGGACCCAGUCCUCCCAGGAACAAGACCGUUUCUUUCCGUGCCCAGUUCCUUUGCGAAACUUUGUUCUGGCGGCCUGGAUGAAUGAGACCUUCUGGAUUCCGGAGAAUAUUGAGACCUACUUGGAAGCUGAGCCUCGGCAGGAAUAUGGCUCUCGGUACCAGUCUAAGCCACUCCAGGCUUGCACGGCCAGUGACUCCUUGGGGGAUUCCAUCAGCAGCUACGAGACCCUGGUGGUUUUGCCCAAAGGUUCAGAGAUCCUUCAUCUCCAGCGUGAAGCACAGCGAGAAGGAUCGCCACGAAUCGCUGCAGCAGCUGUAUAUGACAGGCAUAUUUGGCACAAGUACUUCGCAGAAGACGCCAACAGCAAAUCCUCAUCUCCUUGGGUCUUCGCCGAGACCUCUGCGUCUCGGUCUCCAAGUGUCCUGGAUGAAAAGGAGCAUGGCUCAGGUCAUUUGCCUCACUGGUUCCACCACUGGUCGCUUUCGGGACGCUCGGGACGCUCGUUCUUCGGCGUCCCGUUGGCUGGUCUCACCAUGCCGCGGCUGCUGCUGGCUGUCACUGUAGCCGUGUCCUUAGCGGCAGCCUAUGUGAUUCCAAAGCGCCUCUCAGUUUGUAGCACGCGCGUGUUGGAAGUGAUCCGCGGACGGCCUUCGGAUGGUGGAAUGUUCGGCAUCUACAUCACCAUCCUUUUGGGCCAGACCUUUUCGCAAUACUUGGCCAAUGCUUCAGGUUUGGUGGCUUUGACAGCGGCGAUGUUGUGGCAAUGCGCUCACUUACUUUGGGCCACAGGUGUCGUGUGGCAUCAUGGUGGACUUCACGCACUCUUUUCUUCAAUUCGUGUGAUGAGGAGAACUGAUGGUGCAUUGGGGAUCCUUUGUUUCAACACCUUUCUGGGCAUUUGUGUCGCAGCUAGCCAGUGGCUUUCCUUCAUCAGCUUGUCAUGGUUGGAGCCAGCCUCAUACAUCUUGUUUGUGCAGGUCUCACUCUUGCUGGCGGAGGUCCCAGGAUCACAGCAGAAGUUUGGCAAAGUCCAUGGGUUGGCUUUGGCCAUAGUUGUCCUAGCAUUCAUGGUGAAGGGCUUGCAGGCUGCCACGGAGAAAGACUUGAUGCUAUACCGUGGCCUAGUGGCUGUGCUGAUUCAGGUCUUCUUGUCCGCCUUGGUGAUCUUGUGCAGACCUUUGCUGCAGGAGGUUGAGACCGUGUCCAGGGAUCUGAUGAUGCUGAUGCAGAGCAUUCAAGGUUUGGUGCGAUCUCCCUUCUUCCAUCGCAUGUUCACGGGAGAGUGGAGUGAGUCGGCAGCCAACAAGGUGAGCUUGGACAGCGAGUGUAACCUUCAGGGUCUUACGAAAGAUGGCCUGGAGCUCGCCUUAGAAUUUCUCUAUACUGCGAAGCUGGAGCCCAAGUUUUUGGAUGACUUUGGUGAGGCCUUGCUGGUGCUGAAGUUCCUGUUGAUGGAUGCGGCCGUCGAAGAGCUGCUGAAAAAGCUCGACAGGAGCUUGGAGGUGAAAGAUUACUACCGGGUCUCCCAUACAGCUGUGAUUUGUCGCGAGUCCAUCAAGGGCCUGUGGGACUUAACCUUGGCAGUUCUGGCCUAUGACCCAUGUCUUGCAGCAGCUUCGGCGACGCAAGAGGAGCCGAAGGGGCCUGCCACCGGUGAAGCGGGGCCUGUGCAGGCCUCAUCUUCGAUCCAUUCCCACGGAUCCAAGGGAUCUAAGAGGCCAGCCUGGACUGAAACCGAUGCGGACGACCUCCAGAAGGCAGUGGACACGGUCUUCAACAAAGCAGGUGAGUCUUUGCUGGGCCUCUCCUUCUCCCUAACCAUCGCAGACCCGCGGCUUCCAGACUGUCCGUUGAUCGGCUGUUCCACGGGCUUUGCUACGCUUUGCGGCUACACGAUGAAGGAAAUCUUGGGCAGAAAUUGCCGCUUCCUCAUUGAUCCAGUGCCGCCUGAGCAGAUUGAUGUGACCAUACGCAGGCACUGCAGGGACUUCUGCAACGCUGUUGCUGUGGGCAAGGAAUACAGCAUUCCGAAGGAAGAGAGGGAAGAUUGGAUGCCUCCCGGACGAGCUGGCGAUGAGCUUUUUUGCUACCAAGUGAAUGCUCGAAAGGAUGGAAGUCUGUUCAACAACCUUUUCUAUUUGAAAGUCUUCGGUCUCAGUGCUGUGUUGGGUGAAGAGUUGCCUUACAUCGUGGCCUUGCAAACAGAUUUGCCAGACGGCAAAGCAGACCUAAAGCAGCUGGCAGCCCAUACCAAGAUCCUGGACCAGAACAUGCAAAAGGUGAAAAGUGCAUUGGCCUCAAUCUUCUACGUGGCCACGUCGAUGACUCGUGAUGACGUGGGAAUUGAAUUGCAGGUAAUGGAUCAUGCCAGGGAUAUUCACAGAGAUGUCUUGGUGGGACUGAUCAGUCAUCCUGGCUUGCGGAUACGCAAAGACCUUGCACGAUAUGCCUUGGCAGAGCAUAUCUUGAAAAACGUCAGCGACGGCGGCAGGGCCAAGAGGCCGCGUCGCUCCGACACCCCAGAGGUGUCGGUGGGGUCUCCGGGGUCUCCGUCAGAUGCAUUGGACUUUGGCGCCAAGCUCUUUUUAACGCUGCCGGAGUGGAACAUCACCGAGAACGAUAUCAAAAUGAUCCGAGAGAGGGGCUUGGUACCUGAUAACUUGAUUGUGGAUUGGUUUCUGCAUCCUUUGCGAAAAUAUUUCGUCAACGACACCUUGGGCUUUGACAUCACCAUUUGCGACGGCGAGGUGGUCUCCACUGUGCCUGACUCCUGGCGCCGCUUGGGCAGCGAACGAAUCGAUCCACGGCCCACGCUACAAGCCACCAGUCGGCAUUGUGUCACCCGAAUGCUUGACCUUCCCAACAACGAGCCGCCUGUUUGUUUCGUUGCCACGGACUAUGGUGUGCCAGAUCUUCCAUUGAGUUUGGCCUGUCAUUUGAAGUUGGACGAGAGGAUUGGCCGGCCGGCUGCGAAUCUCUUGGAAGGCUGCAGCUUGCGUCUUCACACUUCCAAGGGCACAAGUAGCGAUGCCACCAUCUUUCGGCAUGCCGUGAUGGGUCAGGGUGGUAAGGAUCUGGUGCUGGGCCAUGUGGACGCACCGCGCAACGGACACGUCUUCGUGGUGCUCAAAGUGCCGCGCUGCUGGGGCAUUGGAUCCUACACGCGGACCACGCGGACGUCCAUCAUGGAAGACUACCAUGCUGCCUAUGAGUGA